AACCUAAUUCUGCAAUAUCUGUCCUUUAAUUAGUUUAACUAAAAAAUCCCUUAAAAAAACCUGAGCUUGAAGAGCAAAAAGUGAUAAAACCCAACUUGUUUGGAAACAUCAAAGCAUCAACCUUCAUUCAUCGACUGAUGGAACUUAAAAGGGGAAUGGGAAUGCGAACCCUAUUCCUCUAUCUCUCCAAUAUAAUUGAUCAUAAUUUGCAGGUUUGAGUUAAGAUUCGGGCCUUCUCUUUUGCAACUGCACCCGGAAAUUGAUAAUUCGCAUUAGCAACAAAUAUCCACCUCAAAACAUCAACCAGUUCUUGCAAAACUAAUCCUAAUUUCCAGUGAUUUGCCGAGAAAAAUGGCGUUUUCAUUAGGGGGUUCCCCGGGGUCUCAUAUUUUUCUCAGAAAUGGUCGCCACAGGAAUGUAAAGUUCCCAACUCUCAAUGCAAGAGAAAGGCGGACUCUUAAUUUCCAGUUAGGGCUUAAGCCUAACUCAGGAGGAGAUUUGGUAGCCAAGGGUGAAUUUCCUGACUUCGAAGAGAGGUCAAGCUCAAAUGAGGUUAGGAAAGAGAUAGAACAAUGCUACAAGCUCAUACACAGGCUUGGGAGGGGAGUUGCAUAUUUGGGUUCUUCAAGGAUGGGACCUGAUCAUUUGCAUUACUUGCAGUCACUGGAGCUGGGAAGAGAGAUCGCAAAUCUAUUGGAUUGUACAUCGUGGACUGGAGCUGGUCCUGGACUUAUGGAUGCUGCCACAAAGGGUGCUUUGCAAGCUGGGAAGCCUGUUGGUGGAUUCAAGAUAGGUAGAGAGGCUGGCGAAUGGACAGCAACAAAUUACCAUCCAUAUCUACCUACAGAAACUUAUCUCACUUGCAGGUUUUUCUCUGCAAGGAAGCAUGGGUUAGUUGAUGCGGUAGUAAGGAACAACAGCUCUGAUCGGACUGCAGUAGUUGCUCUUCCUGGUGGUAUUGGCACUCUAGAUGAGGUGUUUGAGAUUUCAGCUUUAAUUCAGCUAGAAAGGAUUGGAUCAGAGCUUCCAGUUCCCUUCCUUUUGAUGAACUAUGACUCUUUCUAUUCCAAGCUACUAGAAUUUCUCGAUGAUUGCGAGGGAUGGGGUACCGUGGCCAAAGGAGAGGUCACUUCACUGUGGAAGGUUUGCAACAAUAACUCAGAAGCUUUGGCCUAUUUGACAGAAUUUUAUGGUCUUCCUCUUAGUGACCAAGGCAGGCAUGAAAUUGGGUUGAGAAACGAGAGUGCAACAGUUGCUUAAGUCAGCUGCAGGCUUGCAGCAUUGGUGAGAAAUUGCAUGUUUUGGGAAUAUUGUCAUUAUACCUUGUUCUUAUUUUAUGCAUUACCCAUGAAAAAAAGGGGUGAAAGUGUUGUACAUUAUUUUAAGUUCCGCGCUGGAAUAUAGAAAAUGGACAUAGUUGUAGUUCGUAACAAUCAUUGGUUAAAUGAAAUGAUUCAACCAUUGGCUAA